GUUUUGUUGUCGACUGCACUGACAAAUGGCGUAUUUGAUAAAGUUAAAGUUAAAAGUUCAUAAUGAUAUCAGAACUUCAUCAAGUCGAUUAUAUUGGCUACUGUUUUCAUAUAAAACAUAUAUUUUAAAGCGAAAAGGAUAUACGCCAUGGAUAAUUAUCGAAAACAAACCCGGAUAAAGUUUUUUCUAGGCUUGAUCGGCAUGAUUUCAAUCAUGUUUCAAUUCAGCGGUUGUUUUACAGCAUCGUGGUUAAGAUAUGAUAUGGACAUACAUAUUCAACACGAUUUCAGUUCUUAUAAGAAAAAGGAUUCGGUAUCCAUUGGAUUAUGGACAGUUACUCUUUGCGAAAGGAAUGAAAGCGGCUACGCGGCCGACCCAGUGACAGAAUGCAAUUCAGCUACUAUUGACCAAUUAAACAAGGCCAUUGCUAUGUCUAAUGGUACUGUGAAUGAAGUCAUUUUAGGGAAAAUUAGCCCGCUCCCUAGCGGCCAUGGUUUUAGAUGGCAAGAACUGAUAGAGAGGAACAUUGCUGCGAAUCUAUUUUGAAAUCAAGCCAUAAAUUUCAGAGGAGAUUCUAAAAUUACCCAUAUAUCCAUACAGGGAUGAUAACCAUUUUUAUAAUGAAACACAAUGAUAUGAAGGAAUUUGAAGAAGGGAAAGAAUUUUUGAAGAGCUUUCUACCGCAAAAGGUUCUAACAGUGGCCGGUGUUUUGCUAGCAUUUUGUAGCUUCGGGCUGACAUCCCUUAAUCCAGUGGAAACUGCAGGAUCUGACAUAGUGGGCGAAGUUCCCUGCGAUGUUCCCUGCGAAGUUCCCUGCAUUGUUUCCUGGAUCAUAUCGGGGACGCUUGUGUUUGCUGCUGCGGGUAUCCAAGAUCAAUACAAUGCUAAUUUUGAAAAAGAAGUGAAAAUGGAAACUUCAAAACUGGAAAUAAAAGACCUGUUGACAAUUACAGUCGGUUCUCCGACCUCUAUCAUUGUUUUUGGAGUGGGAGGUUCAGUUGCAAUGCUUCUGGCAGUGACUAUAGCUCUAAUGGUGAUCUAUCGCACCAGAAAAAGUAAACCUACGGAGCGACAUUCAAACCAGGCUAUUUAACGUAAUGGAACCGCGACGGCAAUCGGCAAUCUCCGCUUGAUAACGUAUUCGCCGAAGAAUACCGAAGUAGAAUUUGGAGAUUGCGAAAUCACACGGAAAUUGCCGAAAGUCAUUUCGGGUCCACUACCUAAAAACAGUUAUCGGCGUCGAAGGAUUGUGUUAUACUCGCUGCCUACCUGAAGCCGUUUUCAAAUCUGCCAUUGAACAACAACCACAACAGCCACAACAACAAAACAACAUUUAUCUCUAUGCCUGAGAGAGAUGUACAGUUUGUAUAGUGGCACAGGGUAAAAGGCAGUUAGACAAACUUGAAUGUUGUUCAGUUGCUCAAAUUAUUGAGCUGAUUCGUAGGAUGCCAUUAUAUUGAUAUGAUGGAGGUACAGAUAUUUAGAUAAUUUCGACUCCCUCCUUUUUAUAAAGGAAUACUACUUGCUAAUAUGGAAAAAAAACACAAUAUAUUGCCGGUAAGAAGGAUAACUAUGUACGUCCUUGAUAUUUGAAAGUCUUGUGUGUGUUUCCUCGUUAUUAUGACGUUUGACGCUAUAUGAAGUGAUAGUUGCGACGUUCAAAAAGCAAUUAUUGCAUAAAAAUAUGCAAUCAUUCAGUCUUAUUCUUUUUUUUGAUAGGAAAACAAAACGAGCCGUGUUAGACUGAUCUUCAAAGUCAGCUUCUGGUUACGCAGUAUUAUAAUAAUAAAAGAAGCCGCAAAACCAAAAAAA